UGUGGUUGCGUGGGUACGGUAUCACGUAUUUCUCGCUUCUUGUUUUUUCGCUCAAGCCGUGCUGAUUUUGGGCUGAUUAAAUCUAUUUAUCCGCAUUACUGGGUGAGCUUUUCCGUUUUCGCACAGUGAAUUACACGAGACGAUGCGCCGCCUUUGUUGAAAAGUGAAUAGAACGGAAGGCAAUUCUCGCAUCAUCGACGCAAAACGCACGCACGACCGCCAACCAGGUGAUCCUGCCGAUUGGAAGCGCGUCGUUGUCGAGCAUAUAAUCCCAAUCCCGGGCACCAGUUUGUGAGAACACCCAUGCACACCAUCAACUUGAGCGGCAGAGAAGUGGCCGAGGCUGGCCUUACUCGUCGCCUGAAGCUGGCUGAGGAGGCGAGCAUCAAGAUCGAUGUGAUCGAUCUUGUCGACGAUGAGGAGGAGCAAGCCACAAGACCACACCGGCCGCCCGAAGACCGACGCUCCGACGAUAGCCGGGAUGCGACCAAUCCAACCUCCGCACCGCGGCUGACGCCGUUCCACGGUGUUCUUUCCGCCAAUGACGAUGGGAAAGUUCUUUUUAUGAAUGGAUCUUUAUCUGGCGAACGUAGAACGUACUCGCGCCGUCCGAUUCACGCAUCACCGGACUCGACUAGCAGCAGUUCGGAGCGUGCAAGGGAGCGCAGAGCGGACCAUCCGUUUAAACCGUCACCCAGCUCAACGCACUCGAAGGCAUCGGCGGGCAGCUGCAUCAUAUUUAACCGUUCGUACGUCAAGACUCCGAUGAGUAGUAGUACAACUAGCGGUAUCAGUCCCACCAGGUACAACGUAUUCGAUCGAGCACCCACGACCGAUAGAAGUUCGCAGCUCAUUCGAAAUGCGUUUCAAAGAGCUGGCAGCCGGCCGCCGAUGCUGAGUGGUUCCAGUGAUACAACGACCAGCAUUCACGGUUCACCAACUAUCGACAUAACUGGUCAUCGUGGCAGCGAGAGCCCUUUGCCACGGGUGAGUUUGUUAAGGCGCUCUUAUCACAAAUCGUCGGGCGAGUCGGCAACGUCCACUUCGUCCCACCACCAUCCCGUUGUGGCAACGAUCGAUUUGGAUUCGGAUUGCUCACCAGUGCGCUCAAGCAAUCACCAAACGACCGUGCCGGAGGAAGUUGAUGAUAGCUCAUCGAGCAGCGAGAGCGCAACCGCCUCCAAGUUGCCACGGCAACCGUCACUGGCACGCGAUGAGAAAAUGGAAGUUGCCGAAGAUCCAGCGGUGGUGGCAUUCGUGGGCAUUGAUUUAGAUUCGAUAGACGCAAGAUCAGCAGAAAAACUGCGGGAUCCGACCGUAGACAGCCAUCCAACCGAUCACCAAACGACGGAGGACGAGCCCGAUCAGCAGGAGGAUGAUGAGGGCAGCUCGAUGGAGAAUUCGUACGGCGAUGUUUCGAGCUCCGGAUGCGUAAAGUAUUCUUCCACGCGUCACAGCAUGGGCCGGCAGGGUGUAACGGAGGCGUCGAGAAGUAACUCGAUGAACGAGUUUGAGCUGAAGCUGCAGGAAAUCAACGAGUGGGUAAAACCGAUGACCCACCGGGACCGGGUGGAGCAUUGGCGCGUAACUGAGGAAGAUCUGCGCCACUCGAUACCGACGAAAGCCAAAAUUGAAACGACAAGCUGUUCCGGCACAAAACGCACCUUCUACGAUACCGUGCACAUCUCGAGCGAAGAUGACUCGUCCGACGAUUCACCGAUCGAGGGCAUACCGAGCACGAUGGGUGGUAGCAUGUUGACUACCAAGAAACGACGCACGGCCGAUGCGAUGGAAGCCAGCACCAGCACCAGCGAACUGCGCUCCGGUGUGAUGAACGGGCUAGCGACGGACCGUACGGCGUGUGCCGGUACGAGCGCACCAACAACGCUUUCACAGGACGAUGGCGAAGAUUCGGAUUUUCGUAAUGGUCAACUCAAUCCCGAUAUCGAUAAACCGCAGGCUGGCAUCAGCAUGCUGCUGAUAAAGCGAGCUUAUCACAAACUACCGUCUCGUAACCGGCUUUGCAAGAGAUGCAACAAAUGUAGCCCCACGGAGGUCAACGGUGGUGUACCAGUGCCAGGAAUCCAGACCUACUGCGAUUGUCGCCGUGCGAUUGAAACGCCCAACAAAGGCCCAAACGGUACACCGUAUGCUCAGUUGCUUUGCCGGGACCGAGGGCUGGAUAGUUUCCUCCACUAUCUGCGCAUCAGUCCACUCCACCGAACGAACCAGAUUGCUACAGCACCACCACCACCACCACCGAGUUCCGACGAUGUAAGGGCGAUGGGUGUCAUUCUAGCGCCAGGAUCUAAGGUCGAACAGGACGCGCAAAGUGUAACCAAAUCGGCUCAUGGCAUCGGAAGGACAACAAAGUCUAAGAGUCGGACACAGAGAAAGGCCAACAAGGAGAAGCGAAGGGUGAUCAAAAGUAAAAAGAAGGUAACGGCCAAAAGUAAAUCCCACCCUGGCACCAUUGCCAGCAGUGCCAUUCGUGGUGUUCGACGGUUGGUACUGUCGAGCUCGUUGCGUAGCGGAAAGGUCAUACGAUACCGCACCACGUUCCCGUCCUUGCGACAACCGCCAAGGCAAGGCAAGUGUACACCACGUAUCACGGCCGCUAUGGUCAACCACGAAGCACCGACCGACGCGCAUGAUGCACCGAGCAUCACGGAAUCAAAACCAGUGCCCAGAAUUAACGAGCCGGGCGAUGCCAGUGAUGGAGGAGCAACACUCCCGGCACAACAGCAACUGGAUAGCCCUGUGCAUUCCCCACCGAUGGCAUCAUCUUCCUCCUCAUCCUCAUCCUCGUCUAUGACCCAGAAGCCGAAGCCAAAAUCCCUUCAUCGGACCGCAGCAGCGGCGUCGUUACGUUGCUCUGUUGACAGUGCGGUCAGUAGCUCGACCAGCGCCGAAAUGCACGAGGGCAAACGCUCGAAAGAGUGCCAGACGGUGGAGAGUGCACUGGCGCUCGAAGCGGUGGCUGCUGUCGAAUGCCCCGCAGAUCCUCCACCGAAACCGGUCAACGAAGGAAUACCGUGCCGGAACCCGGUGAGUCGGAACGAUGGCGAGGUGCUGCACGUGUUUCUGCUCGACGAGAAGCUGAUUGUCGUGCAGACGGGGCUAGUAAGCUUCUGGCGAUACUCACGGUUAAGUGCACUGCUGGGUGUGCGACAGGAAUGGGAACGUGUGGCGCAGGUAUCCCGUUGGUUACGCGACACUGAGCUGGACACAGAAAAUGCCCAUCGUAUCGGAUACAACAAUUGUCAUCCCUUCUAUCUGGAACCAAGGGCACGCAAUCUGACGGAGGACGAAUCGCGGACAUGCCCGCUUGCCUCGAUCUACGUCAAUGCCUACUUUCUGAUCACCAAGAUCCACAUGCUAACUUCAGGCGCACCGAGCGGUGAUGAAGGCGGUGAACAAGAUAAUGUGGAAACGAGUGUCGACGACGGAACCGCCGGACCGGCGCCGGAAGAUCAAGGGACUGUGCGUGAAGAGGAUGUGGCUCGCGUUAAAUCCUAUCAACUGGAUACGGUGAAAAGCACCCUGGAGGAUGUGUUGUUUCUGCCAAUUCCAAAUACGCGCUACUUCAUCGUCUGCUGGUACGAGCACGUACGGGAGAUGGAAUCAAAAACGGGCCUGUGCAAGUACAGCCUCACGCCAGACCUCGAAACGUUGGCCAGUAUUCGUGAGUUCCUGUCCGUACGACAGAAACUGAACAGUUUGCGCUGUCUGCCGAACAGCCGGCUGCUGGGCCUCGGUGAGUCCACCGUCCACCUGUGGUGCUACGAAACGGGUCAUCUGCUGUGGACUAUCGAUCUGAAGCUCUCGCUCGGAACGAUUGUCGGUAGUUUUGUGCACAGGGAAAUGGUCGAAAGCACAUUGUUCCUGUUGCAACUGCAACCGGUCGUGAACGAGAGCAACCGCAAGCUCAUGAAGGUGAUCGCCGUGAAUCUGUACAAAAAGGCGUGGUAUGUGGCUCACAGCUACGAGGUAGCCCUUUCAUCGAUGCGAAUCACUGGAGAAAGCCAGCUGGCGGAACCGACCGAAGCAGGGAACCAGCGGCACUGUGUAACGUUCCAGAGUGGCGAGAUGCUGCUCGUCAGCCUGAACACUCCCAGCUUUUGUUGGACGAAUCACAAGCGAUUGGCGAAGGAUUUGCAGCAUGCGGAAGAAUGCUCCGUAUUGGUGUGUUCGCGGUUGCGAAGCAAUACGGGUGACGUUUAUCGGCCAAAGGAACGAAUUCAGAAUGCCGGGUACUGGCACGGUGGCCGUGAUCUACUACUGCUAGGAGAUCAAUGUUUAACGAUCAAAUCCAUCGAUGAGUACAUGGCUGAGAGUGCCCGAUAGGCUGCUAGCAGAAGAGUCAGCGGCCAAGAAGAGAAUUUGUGGCAUGUGCCUAAGGAAGAAAUUAGUAUUUUUUUUAUUUGUUCAAUUAGGUAAUCUAUAUUUUUUUGCAUAUCUUUUCACGUUUCAACUAGAGAGCCAGUGCUCUGAACCAGAAUUCGAUGGCUCGAAUUGAACUCCUGCUGGCGCUGUGAUUGUUAUUGCCAUAACUGGCACUGAAACGAAGCCUAUGCGAUCGUAGCUUAAACUAAGGGCAGCAUGCGCUUUAGAACUGGUCAGGUUUAGUUUUUGGUUUUUCAAGCAUAAAGCCCUUCCCAAGAAUGAACAGGACGUUGCUGCUGGCAAUAGUAUUUAUUUUAGCCAACCACUUAUGCCCUGGGCGUAAUUUUUUCUUUUGACUUAAACUCAAGCGUUUUUACGAUGCUUUCGUGUACCAACGAACGCAAAUGAAGCAACCGUAACGUAUAAUGUAAAUAGUGAUCAAAAGUCGAAAACGGUGAGCGCCGAAAAAACAUGAAUACUACUUGCGCCAGUAACUUUUCAUCGAUACUGAAAUGUAGUAGCAACACGAAGAAACAUUUUGCUGCUUUGCUUGUGGCGAAUGAAUUUGAAUUACAAUUGAACACAAAGAAUCAACUUAUCGGACAAACUCAUCCUCCCAGAAUGUAGAUCUCUCUUUCUCUCUUCUAGUGUUUGAUGCUUUCGAUGAGCAAAAUGUUUUCUCGGGAAAAUGGAAUAAAGAACAUUGAAAUCGCUGGAUGCUUUAUGUGGAGUAA